UCCAAGAAAUUAGGAACACUCUCUAUCAAAGUACAGCCCUGGAGCAAUUCCUGCAUCAUCCUCUUUGCAAACUGCAAGCUGUUUUCUUUGAAUGCUAGAUUGGCUGGAUACACGAGACAUUUGUUCUGUUCAGGGAUUGAUCCCGAGAAAAUGGUAUCUGAAAUGAAGCUGAAAAUGAAGGAUAAGAAACCUUCCUGUAUUGAAGUGACUUCACUGAAUGGAGUGAAUUUAACCACUGAGAGUGAAGUAGAAUCUCAUAUCAAACAAGAUAAAUCCAGUUCAACAGUCAUGCCAGAUUCUGCAGCAGAACUCACAACUAUUGCUCCAACUUCUAUGGACAGUGUAACAGGACAAGAGAAUAAUAAUGUGUCUUUGUGCACUGCACCUGAGAUUAAAAUCGAUAUUGAUAGGCCUCAAGUUGAAGUUCCAUCCUCCUUAGACAACUGCAGUAAUGUCUUCUUUAACUGUGCCAAUGACUAUCCAACAAGCUGCAACAAGACAAGUGGUGACUCUGAGAAUAUCUCAAGGACAUUUUCUCCAAAUGAUAGCAUCAUUGAAACAAUUGCAGGAAAAACAACAGGUGAUAAAAACUGCAACCAGUCCAAUAUAUCAGGGCAAAACCCAGAAAUGAUACAGGAACUGAUUGAUAACAAGGAGUCCCAGUGCUCUAGAAAUUGUAGAAGUUGCUGUACAACAUUUGUCUGUGGCCUUGUCUCUGUUGGUUUGGUGUUCCUUUCACCGUUAAUAGUCACUGGGUAUUUUUUGUAUGAACUUUGCAGCUGUGUAUCUAAAUGUAAGGACCCCCGUCCUACUUAACACUCACAAGAAUUUGUUUUUCAAUGUGCUGGUUUGUUAGACACUACUAUGUUCUUAUUUUGUCCUCUUAAUGUCUUUACAUCAAUGAUAAUUGCAACAAAGGCAAGACAUAAUUGAUGGAUUUCCAAAAAGUAGCAUAAAAUAAGAUAAAUAUUAGACAAAAUGCUUUCCUUUAUAUUUUAAAUUGUUUGUUGUAAUCUAAUUAUUAACAGAUAGCCUGUGAACCAGCAUCUUACCAUUGAUAAUGUGAAAAACCCUCCAUGAGGGAAGACUAAUGAAGAUUGAUGAAAUACAGUUACCAAUGGGUAACAAUUCAUUUUGUGAUCACAAAUAUCUUUUAUAUCUCACUACUGACCAUGACAUAAUCUAAUUUCUAAUACUUAUAGAGUGGUUUCAACUGAAUAAGUAACUAUGAUCGUUUAAUUCAUAAUUAAA